AUGAUCCUCCGGCGCAGGGCCACGGGCGGUGAUACGUGCACCUCUGCUGGCAGAGUUACCGCCCAUCUCCUCUUAUCAUUCCUCGCCUUCUCUCCAUCCACCCACGCUGCCAGUCACCCCAGGGCAGACGACCAGUCAGUCUUGCAACUACAUCCUGACUUCUUCCAUCCCGCCCCUGAGCCCCCAGUUCCCGCAGAGCACACCUUUACUCUGAGACAUGUCUACCAUCACGGCACACACAGGCACCCGACCCUGCACAGGAAGCAAGAUGUGAUACACACAGAUCAGGAAGUAUGGCUGGCUGCCGAGGACGACCAUCCCGAAGUGCGGCUGCCACCAUUACGAGCACGAAGCGACGCCACCAGGAUCCAGAGAUUAGUCGACAGACGUCCCAGUGUCAUAGAUCCUAUGGUAGCCCUAUCGCGGCAGAAUGGCUACGUCUCGGUCUUAUCGCCAGACGCCUGGACUGUUGAUGACAUCCCCGGCCCCAACAUCACCGACAGGGACACCAUCGUCAGUCUUGCCUACAUGGCUGCAAACGCCUAUGUCGAAACUCCUGAUAAUAUCGAAUGGACAGACGUUGGCGAACCCUUCAAUAGGUCCGCUGACUUUGGAUGGGAGACUGAUGGGCUCCGGGGCCACAUCUUUGCCGACGAGACAAACUCGACCGUCGUCAUAGGAUUGAAGGGCACGUCGAUGGCUAUCUUUGACGGAGAGGGCACCACCACCAAUGACAAGGUCAACGACAAUCUGUUCUUCAGUUGUUGCUGUGCUCAGCAAGGGCCUUGGCUUUGGCAUCAAGUCUGCGACUGUGCGACAGGCACUUACUCGUGCAACAACACCUGCGUGGUGCAGGCACUGAGGAAUGAAAGCAGGUACUACGGGGCGGCGAGGGAACUAUACUCAAACGUCACAGCACUCUACCCAGACUCCAACAUCUGGAUGACAGGUCACUCCCUGGGAGGUGCUGUCAGUGCCAUGCUCGGCCUCACAUAUGGCCUGCCCGUAGUCACAUUCGAGGCCGUCCCUGACGCCCUCCCGGCCGGCCGACUCGGCCUCCCGGUCCCACCCGGUGCCGACCCAAGCAACCCUCAAACACGAGAAUACACCGGCGCCUACCAUUUCGGCCAUACCGCAGACCCGGUGUACAUCGGGACAUGCAACGGCGCGACCGCAUCAUGCUCUUACGGUGGAUACGCUCUGGAAUCCGCAUGUCACACUGGCCGCGAGUGUGUUUACGACGUCGUGGCCGACAAGGGCUGGCGCGUUGGCAUCGGCACGCAUAAGAUUCGGUCGGUCAUCAACGACGUUAUCCUCAAGUAUGAUGAGGUGGCCGAAUGCAAGUUCACGCCCGAGUGUCGAGACUGCGCGAACUGGAAGAUGUACGAGAGCAACGGCACCGAGACGACAACUACCUCGAGCUCGUCUUCCACCACCAAGACCAGAACAAGGACGGAGACCUGCAAGACGCCUGGUUGGUGGGGGUGCUUGGACGAGACCACGACCGGCACGGCCACGACCACGACGACCACGAGCACGUCAUCCACUUCGACUUGCAAGACGCCCGGCUGGUUCGGAUGCAACGACAAGACCACACCAACCACCACCACCACUACGUCUUCAUCGUCGAGCACCACGAGCACCACGAGCACUAACACCACCACCACGUGCGAGACGCCUGGUCACUUCUGGGGCUGCUGGGAUACCACCACAACGACGGGAUCAACCACCGCGGCCACAUCAGAGCCCACAGUCACCGGGCCGUCCGUGACGACCACAAGGCCGAUCACUCCAAGGCCAACUGCAACGCCGACCCCGACCUCGACGUCCACCUCGGUGCUGCCGACCCAGUCGCACUGCACCAAGAAGGGCUGGUUCGGGUUCUGCAAGGGCUGGGGGAAGCUGGCAGAAGAUGAGAUUUAG